AGUAAUAUUCGACUCAUAAACGCUCUAUUUUAGCAAAAACGUAUUCAACUGACUAUCUUUCAUGGGUUAUAGCUUUGCCCCCAAAAUAAGGGCAGCCCGGUGCACUAAAGCUGCCGUUAUAUACAGGGUUCGGGGAAGAGUCUACUACAAGGGUAUAUUAUAUGCAAUCAAGAGCCUCACCAUAAGAGUGUAUUAUAUGCAAGCUUACGUUGCUUUUCUGCCAAAGAUUGUUUCCAAAGCUUGAACUCGUGACUUCCUGAUCACACGAUAACAACUUUACCAGUUACUCCCAGGAUUUCUCACCCCCCAAAAUACUGCUGUUGAAAUAUUGACGAAAGAUGGAAACUGUAAGGAAAUUGUAGUGGGCACAUAUAGGAAAGUUUCAAAGUCUACAUAGUCAAUACCACCUACUACUAUUGUUAGUCUCGGUGCAAUUUUUUCCUAUUUCCUCUGGCCAAUUUCUCACUCAUUUCUUCACAUGAUUUUCCUAUAUAAAUUUACCAUUAUUCUCAUGAAUUGCAAAUGCACCCUAUUUCCCCUCACCUUCUUGUAGAUCAGAAAAAAAAAUAAUCAAGAAUCAACAUACUGCUUACUAUUUUUGUCACACAUUUGCCACAGAACACUUAACAACAAAACCUUGACCACCCACUAGCCAAAAAGCCCUUAAAAAACAUGUCCUCUUCAUCAGCAGAAUCGAAAAUGGCCCUAGCCAAGACUGUUUUAUCGACAGUAGGCUCCGUUGCUGCAACAGCCAUGUUGGUUCGUACGAUAGCCCAAGACUAUAUCCCUCGGGAACUCCAUGACUAUCUCUUCUAUGGACUCAAAAACAUGUUCACCAUGUUCUCGAAUCAGCGAACAAUGGUGAUUGACGAAUUUGAUGGUCUGGUCAACAAUGAAAUUUAUGAAGCUGCUGAGAUUUAUUUGGGCAACAAGUUGUCCCCUAACAUCCAUCGACUUAAAAUCAGUAAGCCUGAGAAGGAGAAGAAUUUCAACAUCACCAUGGAACGUAAUGAGGAGGUAACCGAUGUUUAUAAUGGACAGACAUUCAAGUGGAUUUGGCUAUGCAGACAAACAGAGUCUAAACACUUCUAUAAUCCCAGGGAUAUGAAUUCCACUCUAAAAUCUGAAAUCAGGUCCUUUGAGCUCACAUUUCACAAGAAAAACAAGGACCUUGUCCUUAAUUCUUACUUGCCAUACAUCAUGAAAGAAGCAAAAUUGCAAAAACAUGAAAACAAGACGAUCAAGAUUCACACGGUAGAUUGCGAGAGAAUGCACAGUUUACAUGAAAUGUGGACGCCUGUGAAUCUUGAUCAUCCUGCCACUUUUGAGACAAUCGCGAUGGAAUCAGACCAGAAAGACAUGAUCUUGAAGGAUUUGGAAAGAUUUGUGAAGAGGAAAGACCAUUAUAGGAAAGUGGGAAAGGCAUGGAAAAGAGGGUAUUUGUUGUAUGGCCCUCCAGGAACUGGAAAAUCGAGCUUGAUUGCUGCGAUGGCAAAUUAUUUGAACUUCGACAUAUAUGAUUUGGAGUUGUCUGCGGUGUGGGGGAACUCAGGAUUACGGAAGUUGUUGGUUGCCACAGCCAAUAAGUCCAUUUUGGUUGUUGAGGACAUUGAUUGUACCAUUGACUUGCAAGAUAAUUUGGCUCAUCGAGGUGCUGUUCGUUCAAUUAAUGGUUUUCGUCAGGAACGAGGCACGGUGACCUUAUCAGGUUUGCUGAAUUUUAUAGAUGGAAUAUGGUCGAGCUGUGGAGACGAAAGAAUCAUAAUUUUCACAACAAAUCACAUUGAGAAACUCGACCCUGCAUUAUUGCGACCUGGCCGAAUGGACGUGCACAUUCACAUGGCAUAUUGCACACCUUGUGGCUUCAAACUUCUUGCUUCAAAUUAUUUGGGAAUCAAAGAUCAUAAAUUGUUCAAAGAAAUUGAGGAAUUGAUUGACAUAGCCUAUGUGACACCAGCAGAAGUGGCGGAGCAACUGUUGAAGGAAGAUGAAGUUGAGUAUUCUCUUAAAGGGUUGAUUAAUUUUCUUCACAAAAAGAUAAAAGAGAAGGAAGAGGAAAAGACUAAGAAAGUGGAAAUAACACAAGUGGAGUCUGUUGAUGAGGAGGAGGAAAAUGAGGAAAAUGGGAUUAAAGAAAAUGGAUUACCAAAUGGAGCAUAAGGGGAGCUGCAUGGGCUGUCUUUUGUAAUCAUAGAAUAUGACAACUUUGGUCUUACUGUAUUUUUGCUUUUCUAUAAUACUCCCUCCACCCUAAAAUAGAUAUCCUUUGAGAAAAAGCUAAGGGCAUUAUCCCAAAAUAAGUGUUUCAAGACAAAAAUAGUACUUGAUUGGUUUUUACAGUGUCCUAAUAUUAACUACUUCUUGUUAGUAAAUUGUAUCUUACAGUUAUUAUUUUUCUUAAUGAGACUGAAAUGAGCCAAAGCACCACUUAUUUUGAAA